CCCUGAAGGCAGCAUCAGCCCCUCCGCUUCAUUCAACGUGAUCGCGUCUCUCGGAGCGCCGGUGUGACUUCAACCCGCCAGACGGAGCCCGGAGACAGCGGCGACCACCGGGGGGACCACCGGGGUGCCCCGCGAUGUGACGGGCCCCACGAGCCGCAGCCGGUGAGGGAGCUCAGCGCCGGGAGCGCGCGCGCCGGAAGUCCCGCUGACCCGAGACACCGAGAAGCGACGAUGGCGAGCCAGGCGGACUGCUGCGUGAAGGUGGCCCUGAGGAUCCGGCCUCAGAUGGCCAAGGAGAAGAUCGAGGGCUGCCAGGUGUGCACGCUGGUCACAGCCGGGGAGCCCCAGGUGCUGCUGGGGAAGGACAAGGCCUUCACCUACGACUUCGUGCUGGACGUGGACUCGGAGCAGCAGCACAUCUACCGGGCCUGCGUGCACCAGCUCAUCGAGGGCUGCUUCCACGGGUACAACGCCACGGUGGUCGCCUACGGGCAGACCGGCUCGGGGAAGACCUACACCAUGGGGAUGGGCUUCGACGUGAGGCUGGGCCAGCAGGACCAGGGCAUCAUCCCGCGGGCCGUCCGCCAGCUGUUUGAGGGCAUCCAGAGCAGCAGGGCGCGCGCCCAGGAGGCCGGCACCCCCCCGCCCGAGUUUAAAGUCAGCGCCCAGUUCCUGGAGCUGUACAACGAAGAGGUUCUGGACCUGUUCGACGAAGCCAGAGACCCAGAGGCCCGGAACCGGAGGUCCAACAUCAAGAUCCACGAAGACGCCGGCGGCAGCAUCUACACCACAGGGGUCACGUCUCGACUGGUGCACUCCGAGGAGGAGUUGCUGCAGUGCCUGAAGCUCGGCGCUCUGUCCCGCACCACGGCCAGCACCCAGAUGAACGCCACCAGCUCGCGGUCGCACGCCAUCUUCACCAUCUACCUCUGUCAGAUGAGAGUGUGUCAGCAGGCUCAAGUGAACUCAGCUGGAGAAGCCAACGGGGAGCUGGAAGCUGUAGGCUCCGCCCCCAUCACACAGAACAAUGGCAUAGGCUCCGCCCCCAUCACUCAGAACAAUGGCAUAGGCUCCGCCCCCAUCACUCAGCCCAAUGGCGUGGGCUCCGGCCCCAUCGCUCCGCCCGAGUUCGAGACCCUGACGGCCAAGUUCCACUUCGUGGACCUGGCCGGCUCCGAGAGGCUGAAACGUACCGGAGCCACAGGGGAGAGGGCCCGGGAGGGCAUCUCCAUCAACUGUGGCCUGCUGGCGCUGGGUAAUGUGAUCAGUGCUUUAGGGGACCAGAGCAAGAAGGGAGGCCACGUCCCGUACAGAGACUCCAAACUCACCCGUCUGCUGCAGGACUCACUGGGAGGCAACAGCCGCACGGUGAUGAUCGCCUGCGUCAGCCCGUCGGACCGAGACUUCAUGGAGACGCUGAACACGCUGAAGUACGCCAACCGGGCCCGAAACAUCCGGAACAAGGUGGUGGUGAACCAGGACAAGACCAGCCAGCAGAUCAGCGCCCUGCGGGCCGAGAACGCCCGGCUCCAGAUGGAGCUGCUGGACUUCCAGACGGGCAAGCGGGUGGCGGGCCCCAGCGGGCCGGAGGGCCUCAGCGACCUGCACCAGGAGAACCUGCUGCUGCAGCGGGACCGCGACGCCCUGCGGCUCCGGGUCGGCGCCAUGCAGGAGACCGUCCAGAACCUCAACGCGCGGGUCAGCCACCUGCUGGCCACUGAGGUCAGCGCCCUGCUGGCCAAGUCGGGCGAGGGCGCCAAGGAGAUCGGGGCCCUGAUCCAGAACUACAUCCGGGAGGUGGAAGAACUUCGGUCCAAGCUCCUGGAGAGCGAGGCCGUCAACGAGUCUCUGCGCCGGCAGGCGGCCCGGCUCUCGCUGCGCGGCCCGUACCCGGCCGCCUCCUCCCUAAGCCCCGCCCCCGGCCACCCCGUUGGCUCCUCCCCCUCCUCGCUGUCGAUGGAGGCCGAGAUGACGGCCGUGCUGCGCCGGGCCACGGUGGACGUCGAGAAGCUGAAGAAGAAGGAAAGGAGGCAGAGAAGAACGAGUCCCGACCUGGAGAAAGGUCUGAAGAAGCGAGUGAAGCUUCACGAGAACGGAGAGAACGGGCAGAACGGAGAGAUGGAUUCAGACGACAACGUCAGCUACCCCACCGAGGAAGUCAUGUCUCCACUGCAGGAGGAGAGCGGCUGUGAGGAAGACGAGGAGGAGGAGGAGGAAGGCAGGGAGGAGGAGGAGGAAGGGUUCGACAGUGACGAGAGCCUCGUGGACUCCGACUCGGAUGAGAAAGUGGGGAGGGCAACUCCAUCAGAUCAGCAGCCUCCAUCAGUGGAGGAGGAGCAGCUCAGCCUAGAGGCUCCUCCUCCUGGUGGGAGGCUGCUCCUCAGUGGGAGGAACGCUCCGUCAGUGGGGGCAACUCCAUCGGUACCAGUCCCAGUCCCUGGAGUCCUAGGCGUGCAGCAGGAGCAGCCGCUGGGCGCAGGCCGUCCCAGGAGGCCUGCGGGCGCCGGAACCGGCCCGCCCGACCGCGUGGGUUUCCGCUGGAACCAGAACACCACGGUGACCUCACUCCGCGCGCGCCGAGGCACGGCCGGCGCUGGAGCCGGAGGGGCGGGCUGUCGGCCGGGCGCCGCCGCCGUCAGUCAGCCGCCGCCGUCAGUCAGUCAGCUGCCGGUCAGUCCCGCCGCCGCAGGGCCGCCGCCGUCAGUCAGCCGCCGCGUCAGUCAGCCGCCGCCGCCGCCGCCGCCGUCAGCCGUCAGCCGCCAGCCGCCGCCGCCCCGCCGUCAGCCGCCGGGGCCGCCGCCGCCGCCGCCGCCGCCGCCGCCGCUGCCGCUGCCGUUGCCAGUUGCCGUCAGCCGCCAGCCGCCGCUGCCGUCAGCCGUCAGUCAGCCGCCGGGGCCGCCGUCAGUCGCCGUCAGCUGCCGCCGCCGCCGCCGUCAGUCAGCCGCCGCCGCCGUCAGUCGUCAGUCAGUCGUCAGUCAGUCAGCCGCCGUCAGUCAGCCGUCAGCCGUCAGUCAGUCAUACCAGAUCCGGUCCCUGGAGUCCCAGAAGCGGCAGCAGGAGCAGGUCCUGCGCAGGAAGACCCAGGAGGUGAGCGCCCUGCGGCGCCGGGCCCGGCCCGCGUCGGACCGCGGAGCCGCUGGAACGCCAGAAUGAUUUGACGGGUGACUUACCCGCGCCGACCACGGCCGGGCGCCGGAGCCGGAGGGCGGGCGGAGCGUCAGCGGCCUGGUGAGGCAGUGGAACAACAAGAACCACGGGGGAGGGGAGCCGGCGGAGGGCGAGGACGGGACCCGGGUCAUCGGCAGCAGGAAGAAGUUCCAGCGUAAGCCACCAGGGGGCGGUGUCUCGUCGGGUCGAGCGAGCAGCUUCUCCAAGUCGGCGCGUCAGAAGUGGCAGAAGCUGGAGCGCCGCGUCCUGGACAUCGUGAUGCAGAGGAUGACCAUCGCCAACGUGGAGGCGGACAUGGACCGCCUCAUCAAGAAGCGAGAGGAGCUCACCGGCCAGCAGGAGGCGCUCUCGCACAAGAGGGAGGUGCUUAAGGCGGAGGGGGAGGGGCCAGAAGCAGAAGACCGCCUCCUCCAGGAGAUCAACGAGGACAUCGAGGUGCUGAACGCCAACGUGGACUACAUCAACGACAGCCUGUCGGACUGCCAGGCCACCAUCGUCCAGAUAGAGGAGACCAAGGACCAGCUGGACUCGGUGGACACCUCCGUGGUCAUCAGCUCUUGCUCUCUGGCUGAAGCGCGCCACCUGCUGGACCACUUCCUCAAGGCGUCCAUAGACAAGUCUCUACAGGUGGCCCAGAAGGAGGCUCAGAUCCGCCUGCUGGAGGGUCAGCUGAGACAGACCGAUGUGAUUGGCUCCUCUCACAACCACCUGAUCCUGGAUGCGCUGAGGGAGAAGGCGGAGCUUAUCCCUGGACUUCAGGCUCUCCUCCACAACGUGCAGCAGGAAAACGGUUACGCCAGCACAGACGAGGAGCCGUCCGAGUUCAGCCAAGCCUCCGACAGCAGUUUGUCUCAAAUUAAAGAAUCCAACAGCCAAGAUGAUUUCAGAAUAAAGGUGGAGCCCCGCCUCUCGGCCCAGACGAAGGCGGUCUCUGCAGAGCACCUGGGGCCCGUCGUGGACCCGGCCUCCAGCAUCAAGCAGCUCAUCACCAAGUCCCUGGCCUCGCUGACGGACAUCCAGGAGGACGGGCGGGGCCCCGCCGGCCUGGGGCUCAGCCCGGCCCCCCGGGACCGGGUGCCCCGCACCAUCAGCCUGCCGGUCCGGGGCCACACCUUGCAGUCCCGGGGGUAUGACACCUCCCCCCUCACCAGGAGGAAGUCCUAUGACCGAGCCUACAGGCCCACUGACGGCUACACCCCCCCCUCCUCCCCGCCCCUCCGGACCAGGAACGACCGCAACGUCUUCUCAAGACUCACCAGCAACCAGAGCCAAGGAGCUGGUCUGGAUAAGUUGGAUGACAAUGACUCCUCGCUCUCCGAGGUGCUCAGGGGAGUCAUCAACCCGAUCGGGGGGGUGAAGGGGGGUCGGACCGCCCCCCUGCAGUGUGUCUCUGUGGCUGAGGGACAUUCAAAGCCGGUUCUGUGUGUGGACGCUACAGAUGAGCUCCUGUUCACCGGAUCCAAAGACCGGACCUGUAAGAUGUGGAACCUGGUGACGGGUCAGGAGAUGUUGACCCUCAAAGGUCACCCCAACAACGUGGUCUCGGUCCGGUUCUGCCCCCCCUCCGGUCUGGUCUUCUCCGUGUCCACCUCCUACAUCAAGGUGUGGGACAUCCGGGACGCGGCCAGGUGCGUCCGCACGCUCACGUCAGCGGGGCAGGUGGUGUCGGGCGAUGCGUGCGCGGGCAUCACCACGCGCACCAUCACCUUCGCUCAGGGCGAGUGUCAGAUUAACCAGAUCGCCCUGAACGCAUCGGGCUCGGUGCUCUACGCCGCCGCCGGGAACACGGUGCGCAUGUGGGACCUGAACAGGAUGCAGGCCAUGGGGAAGCUGACGGGACACAUCGGCUCCGUCAUGUGUCUCACGGUGGGUCAGUCGCUGCUCGGCAAAGACCAGGUGAUCACCGGCUCUAAGGACCACUAUGUCAAGGUGUUUGACGUGGCAGAGGGCAUUCUGGGUAAUGUGGGCCCGUCUCAUAACCUGGAGCCGCCGCACUACGACGGCAUCGAGUGUCUGGCGGUGAGCGGCGGCGUCCUGUUCAGCGGCUCCAGAGACAACGGCAUCAAGAAGUGGGACCUGGAGCAGCAGGAGCUCACGCAGCAAAUCCCCACGGCCCAUAAGGACUGGGUCAGCGCUCUGGCCCUGGCGCCGGGCCGCCCGGUGCUGCUGAGCGGCUGCCGGGGGGGGGUCCUGAAGGUGUGGAACGUGGAGGGCUUCACCCCCAUCGGGGAGGUCAGAGGUCACGAGAGCCCCAUCAACGCCAUCUGCACCAACUCCAGGCAGAUCUUCACGGCCUCCAGCGACCAGACGGUGAAGGUGUGGUCCUCCAAGGUGUGGAGGAGGAGGUGAUGCAGAGCUCCUCCUGUCGGCCAUCUUGUGACCUGCUGACCUCCCGGUGACCUGCUGACCUCCCGGUGACCUGCUGACCUCCCGGUGACGUGGACCAGCUCCAGGCCUCCCGGUGGUUUUCCUCUGUCUGGCGGACCUCAUUCAGGUCCUCCUGGUCUCCUUCGUCUCGGCGGUCUGGAGCCUCCCCCUGUUCCUCCUCCAGGACCCCCAGGGUCCGCCUGCAUGGUUCUGAGGAGGUGCAGGACCAGCAUGCCGGGUCGGACCUCCAGUCCCCUGCUCUCUGUUGUUCUCUGUGGGGUCCUGAUGGGACGGCUCCUCCUCUCCUGGGGGCCCCAUGGGGCCCUGUGAGGAGGUCUAGCUGCUGACCCUGCUGACAGGAGGACCCUCCACAGGGCUGAGGGAUCCGCAUCAUAGAGACCGAGACCAGGACCCAGAACCUCCAGCUCCUCAAGAACCAGACCAGUGGCCCCCCCGGGGUCCUCCUCUCAGGGGGUCACGGCCUGCUGCUCCUCCUGGUCUUCUUUGAGAUCCAGACUAUCAGACGGACCGGGCGACUCCUUCUGCUCCUCCUGCUCCUCCAGGAGCAGAUUAUAUUACCGGAUCCUGAAGUCAGAGAUUACUGGAAGUAGGUCAUGAGAGAGAGAGAGGAUCCUUAUUGGCUCCCUCUCCUCUUCCUCUCUUCUCCCUCUCUUCUUCCUCUCUUCUUCCUCUCUUCUCUUUUAUGAGUCCCAAACGAGGCGUAAAGCUAUUUUACUUAAAACAAUCUUUUAGCUUGACGGUAUGUUUAGAAAUCAGUUAUAUUAAUGUGACAUGCUUAGAGAGACGUCCCCUUAAAGUCCCUGAAAGUCACUUUAAGUCUCUUAAAGUCUCUUAAAGUCCCUUUAAGUCCCUUAAAGUCCCCUUUAAGUCUCUUAAAGUCUCUUUAAGUCCCUUAAAGUCCCUUAAAGUCUCUUAAAGUCUCUAAGUUCCCUUUAAGUCUCUAAAAGUCCCUUAAAGUCCCCUUUAAGUCCCUUAAAGUCCCCUUUAAGUCUCUUAAAGUCCUCGUAAGUCCCUUAAAGUCUCUUUAAGUCCCUUAAAGUCCCCUUUAAGUCCCUUAAAGUCUCUUAAAGUCUCUAAGUUCCCUUUAAGUCUCUAAAAGUCCCUUAAAGUCCCCUUUAAGUCUCUUAAAGUCCCUUAAAGUCCCCUUUAAGUCUCUUAAAGUCCUCGUAAGUCCUCUUUUCAAGCAGGUAUUCCUCUUCCACCUUCAGAUGAGAUCCAUCUCCUCCUCCUGUGUUCAUGUCCUGACAUUGUUCGCAAAGACACCAACAGGAAGAUGAGGUCUCACCUUCCUCCCUUCAGGAGGUCUUCAUCACACCUGAUGGACCUCCUUGACUUCUCCUCCAGCUGAUGGAGGUGCUCCGCCCCACCUGGACCGGUUCAUCUGGUUCACUAUUUAAAUCCUCCGCGUUCUGAAAGUAGGAUUUAAAUGUUGUGCCAAAACACGACGCCCCCGUGGACCUCACCUGGUGACCUUAUUGACCAACCGCUGCUUGGGGGCGGGGCUUAGCAAAUGCUUAAUUAAGUGAACGGUCAAUUGGCUGGAAGACAAACUAAACGGCUCAUUGUGGCGUGGCUCUGGACCACGGCCUGGGUCCUGAGUUCUGGUCCGGCCCACGAGGACCCAGGAGGUCCCAGGAGGUCCGCUGGGCUUCUGUGGGUCGUCCUGCAGACGGUGGAGCUCUGAGGGAUGGAAGCUCUGUGGCGUCUCUGCUGCAUCGUCUGUGAACUCUAUGGGUCAGACACGCGGGUCAAAGGUCAAAGGGUCAAAGGUCACUGCUGCACCGACUCCUCCCCCUGAGAGUAGAUGUGUGUACAGUCUCUUUUUACAUCCCAGUGUGCAUGUGGCUGAGCGUGUUGUCCUCACUGUACAUACUGUAAAUACAUAUUUAAUGAACAAUGUUCCCUCAAGAAAAUAAACACGUUAAAAACGA